AUGGGGUACCUGCGGCGGGUGGACCGAUCCGCGGCGGUGGGCUUCUGCCCCGUGGGACCGUACCUGGCGGCCGGCAGCGCCGCGAGCGCGGUGGACAUGAAUUUCUCGGCGUCGUCAGUCCUGGAGAUUUUCAAACUUGAUUUUUCGUCGUCAGAUGUGCAAAUGGAGCCGGCGGGGCCCGCGGUUCCCGCCAGCGAGCGCUUCCACAGGAUCUCUUGGGGGACGACCGGGAUCGAGUCGAAGGCAUACCCGCUUGGCCUUGCUGCAGGUGGCCUUGAGGACGGCACAGUCCUAAUCUGGGACCCCAACAAGGCAAUAGGGCCACAGGCUGACAUUCAGAGGACAACAGUUACCAAGCUCAAGAAGCACUCGAGCGCGGUCCGUGGACUGGAAUUCAAUCGCAUCAGUCCAAAUCUGUUUGCAUCUGGGUCAUCUGAAUCAGAGCUAAUCAUAUGGGACCUUGCCAAGCCUGCUGUACCGUCUUUCUAUCCAGCAAUGAAGGGUUCUACCCCUGCUGGUGCCGGUGUUUCAGAGAUCACCUAUCUGGCGUGGAACGUAAAAGUUCAGCACAUCUUGGCAUCAUGUACUUCCAAUGGCCAAACCAAUGUUUUUGACCUGAGGAGGCAGAAGCCUAUAGCCAUACUGAGGGACCUCAACAGCCAGAGGCGAUGUUCAGUGUUCCAGUGGAGCCCUGAUGUUGCGACACAGGUUGUGGUAGCAUCAGAAGACGACAGAUCGCCCAGCCUUCAGUUAUGGGACCUCAGGAACAGUGCAGCCCCAGCAAGGGAGUUUCUGGGACACACCAAGGGCGUGCUGGGCAUGUCCUGGUGCCCUCACGAUUCGCGUCUAUUGCUGAGCUGCGCCAAAGAUGGCUCCACAUUUUGUUGGAACGUUCCCACAGGGGAGAUCAUUGGCGAGCUUCCAGGGACACGGGACUGGCACCUGGAUGUUCAGUGGUCUCCAACUACGCCCGGUUUGUUCUCCCUGGCCUCUUUUGACGGAACUGUGGGUAUCUGCAGUUUGCAAUCUUUUGUCGCACCACAAGAAGGAGCAGCAGAUCCUUAUGGGGCACAGGCAGGUGGCCCUGCUCCCCUGAAGUUGGCUCCUGUGUGGAUGAGGAGGCCAUGUGGUGUCUCCUUUGGCUUUGGUGGCAAGUUGGUGUCUUUCAGUCACCCAGAAGUGCAGGUGGCUGACCCAACGACUGGGCAGCCCAUGAAGGUGCAGAAGGAUCAGAUUUCAGUCAAGCAGGUAAUCACUGAACCGGAUGUCACAUCCCGAUCAGAAGCCUUUGACCAGGCAGUCAGCAGCCGUGACAACGCCAAGCUCCAUGAGUACUGCCAGUCAAGGGCUAAAAGCGCAGUGGGAGACGAGCAGGAGACAUGGACCUUCCUGAGCCUGCUGUUCUUGAGUGAUUCGCGGAGGGAGCUGUUGGGCCACCUUGGGUUUGAGGAUGCCCUGGCUGCUGUAAUCGAUGCUGAAGCAGAGGCUGAGCAGAAAGGUGCUGCAGUCACUCCGGGCAAGCCUGUCCCUGACGCCGCAGAGUUCUUCGACGACGAUGGUGCUGACUUUUUUGACCAGAUCGCAGACGACAAGACGAUCGGAGUGCCGCCAGAGCCUGCACACCCAAAGCCAUCGUCCAAGUCUGAAGAUGCAGUGAUGAGCCCCAGUGCCCACACCAGAGCACCUUCAAAAGCUGGUGAGAAAGAGGACGAGAUUCAGCGUGCUUUGAUCGUUGGGAACUAUGAGGCAGCGGUGGAGGCCUGCAUCAAGGCAGACAGGAUGGCAGAUGCGCUGAUUAUUGCCCAUGCUGGGGGAUCUGCACUUCACAAGAAAACCAUGAAAAGGUACAUGGAAGCCAAUCCUCGUCCUUUCAUGACGAUGAUAUCUGCUGUCAUCGACAAUGACUUCGAAGUUCUGAUAAACCAGAGGCUGGUGUCACAGUGGCGGGAGACCUUGGCCCUGGUCAUCUCCUAUGUCAAUGACCAGGAGUCAUGGUCGUCACUGUCUGAGGCGCUGGCAGCAAGGCUGGCAAAGGCAGGAAUGCAGCACCCUGCAACCUUGUGCUACAUCAUCUCAGGGAAGGUCGAUCAGGCGGUGGCGGCUUGGACAAAGAACAAAAAGAUGACUGUAGAGACAAUGCAGAACAUCAUUGAGAAGGCUGUGGUUCUUGGGCUUGGUGCAAACAAGAGCUCCACCAGCCCCGUGCUUUGCGAGCUUGUUCACAACUAUGCACUCAUACUUGCCAGCCAAGGGAGCAUGCAAGCAGCUGUGGACUACCUGAACAUGGUGCCAGGAGAUGCCUCAGAAUCUGUAAAUUACCUCCUCAAGAGGAUCUAUGACAGUGGUGCUGUGGGCUGGCAUUCUGGAGAAACUGGAGCUGCAAGCAUGUCACAGGGUGCUCAAAUGCCAAGCCAGGUUGCAACGCAGCCUACACCAUCUCCAGCCCAGUAUCAGUACGUCCAACAACCAGACACACCCCCAAGCACAGUACAAGCGACAUACUACCCUUCUAGUUCAGGCUACAAUCAAACCAUGCCUUACUCUCAAGCUCCACAGGCCACCACCCAGGACCCCUAUGGCUACCAGAUGCAGCAGCACCAUCCACAGCCAAUGCAGCAGCGGACACAGGACAUGAUGUACCCAGGACCACCACAGCAACAGCAUGCCCCGCCUGUGAUGACUCCAGCGCCCAUGGUGCCUCAGCAAUACACGGCGCCACAUCCCACAACAACUCCCGUCAUGGCACCGUUUGAGCCUGUGCCAUCCCACCCAUCUGCCCCCCAGCCAAGGGCUGCAGUCAUGACCCCCCAGGUGGGUCCAAGCCCUCCAGGGCUGCAGGCACCAGGGCCGAUGGUCCCUUCAAUGGGGCAGCCGAUGUCACCUGUGGCCCCCGCCAGCCCUCCUGCACCUCAGGGACCUCCUGCCGACAUUUCCGUCUCCACAGUCAAUACCUCACAGGUACCUCCUGACCAGAGGGCCAUCGUGGCAAAGCUGACUGAGCUGUUCAGACAAUGCGAAGCGGCUUCACAGACACCUGGCAAGAGAAGAGAGAUCGCUGACGGUUCUAAACGCUUGGGAACCCUCUUCUGGAAGAUGAACGAGAGAGAAGUGUCUCCAGCAAUGAUCCAGAGAUUGCAGGAGUUGACAAAGGCCCUGGAGGCUGGCAACGUUGCCGCUGCCUUGCAAAUUCAACUGCACAUGACGGAAGAUGGGGAGUUGUGGGCGGAGGGAGAGUACUGGCUACCGGGGCUGAAGCGACUGCUGAGAACCAGGCAGUUGAUAAGAUAG